CCCGGUGGCGGUGGCGGCGGUGGCGGCAGAGCGGCGGCGGCGGCGGCGGCGGCGGAGCCAUGGCGGAGGCGGCGGAGGGCCCGGCGCGGCGCGGGAGGAGGACGGGAGCCGAGCCCGGGGCCGAGGAGCCGGCUGAGGCGGAGCGAGCCGCGCGGCGGCGGCGGAGCUUGCAGCCGGACAUCCAGGGAACCACCGUCCUGCACGACACCAUCAGCGAGCGCCCGCAGCCCCUGCCAGCAAGGUACUUUGACACGAAGACGACGGAGCCCAUCAGCUUCUUCUUGUCCGGCCUGGAGGAGCUGCUGUCCUGGCAGCCCAACAGCAACGAUGAGUUCAAUGUGUCGGCCGUGCCUCUGGCCAAGCGGCAGCCCCCACUGUCCAGCAGGAGGCCCCGGACACUGGUGUGCCACGACAUGCGCGGCGGGUACUUGGAGGACAGGUUCAUCCAGGGCUCAGCCACACGCAACCCCUAUGUCUUCUACCACUGGCGCUACAUCGACAUCUUCGUGUACUUCAGCCACCACACCGUCACCAUCCCGCCCGUGGUCUGGACCAACGCAGCGCACCGGAACAGCGUCCCCGUGCUGGGCACAUUCAUCACGGAGUGGACAGACGGGGAGAAGCUGUGUGAGGCGUUCCUGGCCGGCGGGGAGGAGGCGUACGGCGCCGUGGCCGAGCAGCUGGCCCGCAUUGCCCAGCACUUCCGCUUCGACGGCUGGCUGGUCAACAUAGAGAACACGCUGAGCGCGGCAGCGGUGGGGAACCUGCCCUUCUUCCUGCGCGACCUGACGGCACGGGUGCACAGCGCCGUGCCGGGAGGACUGGUGAUCUGGUAUGACAGCGUCCUGAAGGAUGGCACACUGAAGUGGCAGAACGAGCUGAAUGAUCAGAAUAGGAUAUUCUUUGAUGCAUGUGAUGGGCUGUUCACCAACUACAACUGGAAGGAGGAGCAGCUGGAGCGCACGCAGAGGCUGGCUGGCCCACGCCAAGAUGACAUCUAUGUCGGUGUUGAUGUCUUUGCCCGUGGGGAUGUGAUUGGCGGUGGCUUCGACACUGACAAGUCCCUGCGCCUGAUCCGCCAGUACGGCCUCUCUGCAGCCAUCUUCGCUCCCGGCUGGGUCUAUGAGCACCUGGGGAAGGAGAACUUCCUGCAGAACGAGAACAGGUUCUGGGGCUUGCUGGCUGAGUACCUGCCCACACACAGCGUUUGUACACUGCCCCUCACCACCUCCUUCAGCCUGGGCAUGGGCACCAGCACAUUCCUGGAUGGGAAGGAUGAAGAGUCUGGGCCCUGGUACGACCUGAGCGCGCAGGACAUCCAGCCACUGUACCCGGAGCAGCAGGGCACGCUGAGUACCAGCUGCUGCCUGCAGGAUGCCUGGUGUGGGGGCAGCUCCCUGCAGCUGCAGGGGACCAUUCCCCCUGGCGAGGAGCGCGUGGCUGUCCGCCUCUUCUCUUUGCAGAUACCGGCCCCCCCCAAGCUCUUCCUGACUCUGCUCUACAAGCUGGAGGGGCCACAGCCCGAUGACAUCACAGUGGCACUGGAGGUCACCACCUGGGACUCAGGGAUCUGCUUGGAGGGAAACCCCACCUCCCUGCCUGAGCCCAACGGCCGGUACCACCCCCGGUUCCUGCCGGCACCGCCGCCCAGCCUCGCCAAGCUGCUCGCCGCUUGCCACCGUGGUUCCCAUGGCUGGACCAGCCGGUGCUAUGAGCUGGAGCUGCAGGACUGCAGCCUACGAGACCUCUCUGUGAUUGUGUCCCGCCAGCAGCCCAGCCCGCAGGAGACAUCCUUCACCUGCCUCCUCGGGGAGGUCCGGGUGCUGGACACGGCCAGCGUGGCGGCCUCCCCCCCGCAGGUGCACGGCGUGACGGCCUCGCAGCUCUGGUGGCAGGAGGGCCCCGAGCCCGAGCAGCUCUCGCUCAGCCUCACCCUGCGCUGGUCCUUCCCGCCUGGCCGUGCCAGAUGGUUCCGUGUCCUGAGCCAGGGCGCCCGGUGCCGCCUGGGCCAGACGGCGCCGCAGGUGCUGGGGCUGGCACAGGGCUGCCUGUUCCGUGCCGUGGGGCUGUCGGUGCCGCGGCCAGCGCCCGGCCAGUCCUGCCGGCUGGAGCUGCUGGUGGAACCGGUACUGCGGGACGAGCUGCCUGUGGACCCCGAGCGCUGGGGCCGCCUCGUGCUGGUCUAUUCCGCGCCAGGCAGCGGCACCAGCUCAGAUGGGCAUUAAAGCAACUGUGGUGCAGCCCGGGCUGUCUCCUCCAUGUGGCGGCUGGGCUGUGGGCGGGGGACACAGAGGGAGGCUGGCUGCAUUUCAUCCCCUUGGGCUGGUGAGUCCCUUUGCUCUCCCACCCCUGUGGUUGUGCUCAGCCCUCACUGUGGGCACCCACUAGGUGCUGACCAGAACCCUGCAAGUGGCUGGCAGGGACCCCCAGUGUGUGUGACCAGCAGUCACCCAGCAUGGGUGACUGCUGUGCUCAUUAACGUGGACCCAGCCCAGUGCCACCAGCCUGCGCUGCCUCCCCUGAGCAUCUUGUGAGGGAGAGAAAAUUUAUAGCAGCAAUUAUUUUCUCACAGUCUGGUGAGCAAGCAAUUAGCAGGCAGGAGCAGGCAAGUGCUCCUGCAGUGGGGUCCCAAGCCCUGUCCCCAAACAAUGCUGGCUCCACCAGGGACACCAAUGCCAGCAGUGGAGCUGCUGCUCCUGAGGCAGGGAACACACUCAGGAUUGUUUUACCUGAUGGCUUGAAGAAUGAAGGGCUUAGCCCAGCCAGAAGAGGAUUCUUAAUGCAGCACCCUGCUCCCUCACCAUGGCAAGGCUGGGAGCCCCAAGGGCUCCCCACUUGCCCACAGGCUGUGGCCCCUGCCCAGCCAGAUCCAGCCAGCAGACACAGCCCCGCACCCCCUGCAGUGCAACCAGUCAAAACCUGAGUCGCCCUGGUUGAAGAAAGAAAUCUUUAUUAAUAAUUUCAAUAAUAAUAAUAAUAAUAAUAAUAAUAAUAAUAAUAAUAAUCCUUGUAAUAAUAAUAAUAAUAAUAAUAAUA